AUGAGCUAUCAUAUACUUCGAAUCAAAAUUAGGGAUACGAAUUUGCAGCUGCUGAUCAGAGGAGCUUUGAGAAUCAGAAGAAACUGCUUGACAGAAACAAUGGAGGUAUUUGGAAAAUCACCAGUGGUUGGUUCCGCAAAUGUAAUUUACUUGUCUGCCUUACUUGGUCGCGACGGACCAACCCCGUGUCACAAAUGUGACUGGAAAUGCGAGAACGAGAAUGUUUGGGGCAACAUGUACCGCUGCAAACUAACCGGAUUGAAUCACGUCUGUGACAAGAACUGCAACCAGAGGAUCCUCUACGAUAACCAUAACUCUCUCUGCCGAGCCAGUGGCCGGAUAUUCCCGCUGUCGUCGGCGGAGGAGAACGCGGUGAGAGGAGUCCGGAGGAAGCUUGAUGAUGAGAGUCAGCCUUCCGAGAGCUGCAACAAACGUCGUCGCCGUGACGCUCAGUUUCAUUCUUCUCCUUUCGAGAGGUCUUUCGCUGCCGUGAGCCCAAUCUGCAGCCAAGCUGGAGAUGGAAUGGAGAUGAACUAG